AUGAGGGAAUGUCAAUGUGAUGCCGAAGAAGACAACUACUGCUAUUUGUGUUGUGGUAAUGCCGAUCACCAAUGUCAACCAGCCCAUCAUCACAAUAUUUUGAGACCAAACGGGGAACGCUGGGAACGCGAGGCGUGUUCACGAUGCCGAAUGCAUGGAGCCGAGUUGGAGGGUUUACCUUGUGACGAUACUGAUUUGGCUCGUCUUUGCAUCAGUGGUAGAUGCUCGAACUCUGUUUGCCAUACAAGACAACCAGGAUCGUUCUGCGAUCGAAAAAUGGAGAAGAUAUGUGUGGACAACACAUGCGAGAACCCAUGCGCUCGAUUCGCUCCACAUUUGAUGGUUUGCGAUUGUCCGGCCAUCGACCAGGACACCGGAUUUGCCUCAGAGGAUCGGUGCCAGCUGUGUUGUUACGACUUCAAUUUGAAACCGGCAAAUCGACGAUGCCAAAAUGCGUAUCGCAAAUACAAAGUGAUGGAUUUGUUUCAAAAACCUAUAUGGCGAGUAGGUUUGGAGUGUGCCGGUGGUAAGACCUGCAACAAAUAUGGAGUGUGUGCAUCAUGCACACUGAAAUACGCAUGCCUUCUGAUCGUUCCUUUUCUAUUACGAGUAAUCAACUAG